AUGAGGGGUUACAUAAUUCGCAUUGUGGCUGGACCAAUACAAGUAGCGAAAAAGACACAAAUGACACGAGCAGGUGGGUGUGGCGUACAAGCAGCACUUCAUUCCAGAUUAGAGCACCAGUAUCUUUUAGACAGGGUUCUAGGACAGCCGCACAAAUUUGUGGCAACUAUAAUCUGCUAUUUUUGCACCACACAUGCUUGCUAGAGUGGCUACAAGCAGCAACCAGGACAUUAUAGUCAUCUGGAUGACUGCUCAACAACCACCAGAGAGAUUGCACACCAGGAGACCAGAAUCAUACUGCCAGGAACUCUCACCACGAAGAAUACCUUUUUAUUUUUUUCUCACCUAUGCUAUGUGAAUGUCAUGUUAGAGUUCAGGGGGUGGCUUUUCAGGCCUAUGUUUCCAACAAAAUAACUCUCAAGUGGCUAGUGCUCUAAGGGUUAAUAUACAGGGUAAUAUAUGUUUAUUCAUUUGGAGUGCUUCUUUUCUAUUCAAUUAGAAGUUAAAGCUGCUCUGUCACCCUCUGGAAUCUUCGCACAAUUUGCAAAAAACCCUUAAUAGUGACUAUGCUGCUGGGUGUCCAGGCCUCGCUGGCGAUGGAGAAGAUGAGUUAUACUUACCUGAACUUGUCCCUCACUGCCACUGCCUUGCUCUUUCUGCCAGUCUUCUUCGGCUCCUGGUGCUUCAGCUUCCAAGAGCCCACAUCGAGGCUGUACACAUGCUCACAAAUAAAAAAUGUGUCUGUGUUGAAUACUCAUUUGGGGGAAGAGAGGGGGUUAAGAGUACUUACAUUUAGUUACUACUCCUCUACACCAUGUGAGACACAGUUAUUAGGCCUAAAAAUGCAGUUUAGAUUUAGAGCACUGAUAGCAUCAAUAAGCAUUGUGCCCUAAAUUUCAUGUAACUUUUUGAAUGAUAUUUCGAUCCUGCAUAAAACCUUGUUUAGCAAAUGAAACAUUAAUUUUGAUUUAAAGUUUUGUUUUGUUUUUUAAAAGGUUUGUAAAUCCCUCUUUGUGUCUCUUCCAUAGAUAGAUAGAUAGAUAGAUAGAAAAAAGCUAAAUAGAUAGACUAGGCCAAUUAAUUAAGCCAUAAUAGGCAGGGGGGGUUUCUAUGCUCCAGAAACAUCUGAUUCCAAGCUAACAGAGGACCAUGCAGUUAUGCUAAUGCCUAACAGGUACUAGCCCUUACCCCCUAAAAACUGCUAUCUCUUAACAGGUACUAGCCCUUAGCCCCUAAAAAUUCUUGAGGAGCACUAUAUCAGAGAUCUUUCCUUUUCUGAAGGGGUUACUUUGAGAAACAACUGCUUGGUGAGAAAGUAAAACAUGUAAACAAAAAUUAAAAUACACUUAUAGCUACCUGUAGAUAUUCAGUGCACAUCUGGGGUUUUAAACUCAACAAGUCCCCAUCGCAAACGCCUAUACUAAUACGGAUAAACUGAUAUUGUUAAAAUGUGAUGUCAAGUGAUAACUUACUCUUUAGUGAUAUCAGAAGACUGGAAGGAUUGCAGGUGCUCCAAAUGACUCCUUGCAGUGGGAUGGUGCCAGUGGGUAAUGCACUGCAGUUCUUACGGUGCUUAGAUUGCCACAUGAAAUAUAUUUGUAGCCAUUGCCACUUUAACAAUGUGCUUUUUCAAAAUAAAAUGUAGUUUGAUGGUAUACCAGGAGUAAUGAUUGAGAGAAAAAAGAUAAAAAUUUAAAGUAAAGAUAAAACAGUACAAACAAGUGGUACUUAUCUUUCUACUACCCCCCUCUACAGCCAAUGAAUGCCGGUACAGAAUUGGUAUGUAUCCAAAAUAACAUUAAGAACUCUACAGGCCUCGCUUUUUCAUAAUAUGGACAUUAUGCUGGGAAGAAACUAAAAUGCCCAAAUGGACACAUCCACAAUAGAGCUAGCCACCUUCAGGUAUAUUUCAUGGAAUAAGAUGUAGUGAGCAGCCCACCAGCCACGGACAGAAUUAUUGAGUUUUGACAUAGCGACAAAGGUAAAAAAUUUUGCCUUGUUCAGCUGACUUGCUGAAAGGGACACUGUAGGCACCCAGACCACUUGAGCCCAUUGAAGUAGUCAGGGUGCAAACUCCCAUCACUCUUAACCCUGAACAUGUAAUUAUUGCAGUUUUUAAAAACUUCAAUAAUUACCUGACAGGGUUAACUCCUCCUCUAGUGGCAUUUCAGAUUGAACAUAGAUUAUUAUAGGUAGACACAGACAGGGUUGUUUACUAAAGUGAGAACUGUCAGGAAUUCAAAGUGAAUUUUAAAAGGACGCUGUAGUCACCAGAACAACUACAGCUUAAUAUAGUGGUUCUGGUGUCUAUAUCCUGUUCCUGCAGGCAUUUUAAUGUAAGCUCUGCCUUUUCAGAAUAAAUGCAGUGUUUACAUUGCUGCCUAGGUACACCCCCAGUGGCAGUCACUUAGACAGCCACUAGAGGGGCUUCCUGGGUGCAGCACUGACAUUCAGCGUCUCCACACUCUGCACGGAGGAGCUAAACUUUCCCCAUAGAGUCAAUGCAUCCCUAGAAGAAGAUGCUUAUGUUUUGCUGCGUUUGUGCAAUAGCCUUGCAAUGUUUUCGUAUGGGAAAGUAUUGGAUUGACUGAGAUUGUCAAUUCUGAUGUUCUCAGGCAGGGAAGCAGAGCAGGGGCUGGAGCCAGUGAUGGCAGACCCACACGGUGCUGGAAAAAAGGUAAGUUAUAUACUUAUUUAAGGGGGGCAAGAGGGGCCAGCCACCUAACAUAGUUGUUUAGCACUAAUGGGUCAGGAAUACAAUCAUCUAUCUAUAGGGUUCUUGACCCUAUAGUGUUCCUUUAAAUUUAAGAUCAAAGUAGCUAAAUUGGAAGUAUAGCUAACUGUUUUUCUGUUUUGGUUAUUUUUGCUUUAAAUUUGACGUUCUCCUUGAAUUCACCUUGAAUGUCCAACAAUUAUUACUUUAUUAAUUAUUUAUCGGUAUUUGUCUGUGUAUAUUGUACAUUUACCCUCUCAUUGUACAGCGUUGUCAAGUAUGUUGGCACUUUAUAAAUUUCAGAAAUAAAUUAAUAAAUAGAUAGAUAAAGAGAUAAAUAGAUGACAGACAGAUAGAUGGAUAGAUAGAUAGAUAGAUAGAUAGACAGACAGAUUUGUGUUAUUUUGGCUUUAAAUGUGAUAUUCACUUUGAAUAUCCAACAAUUUUUACUUUAUUACAUAGUAUUGAAAUGUGGACAGAAAAGACAGAUUGAUACACAGAAUAAACGUUCACCAGAACUCACAACUUAGUGAAUACAUCCCAUUUAUGAUCAUGGGAUGAAUGGAAAGAUAGAUAGACGGAUGCCCUCUAUACCUUUUGUAUUUGUCUGUGUAUAUUGUACAUUCUCCCCUAAUUGUACAGCGUUGUGGAAUAUAUUGGCGCUUUAUAAAUAUCUGUAAAUAAUUGAUAAAUAUAUGGACGGACAGACAGACAGACACAUAGAUGUGUGAGUUACCUGCACUCUGUAUCCAUCUAUAUACUUAUUUAAGAGGGGCAAGAGGGGCCAGCCACCUAACAUAGUUGUUUAGCACUAAUGGGUCAGGAAUACAAUCAUCUAUCUAUAGGGUUCUUGACUCUAUAGUGUUCCUUUAAAUGUAAGAUCAAAGUAGCUAAAUUGUAAGUAUAGCUAACUGUUUUUCUGUUUUGGUUAUUUUUGCUUUAAAUUUGACGUUCUCCUUGAAUUCACCUUGAAUGUCCAACAAUUAUUACUUUAUUAAAUAUUUUUGAAAUGCGGAGAGAAAAGACAGAUUGGUACAUGGAACAAAAGUUCACCGUAAUUCACAUUUAGUGAAUAAAUACCAUUGAUGCCCAUGGGAUGGAUGAAUGAAUGGAUGGCUAGGGAGAGAGAAAGAGAGAGAGAUAGAUGCCCUCUUUAUCGGUAUUUGUCUGUGUAUAUUGUACAUUUACCCUCUCAUUGUACAGCGUUGUCAAGUAUGUUGGCACUUUAUAAAUUCCAGUAAUAAAUUAAUAAAUAGAUAGAUAGAUAGAUAGAUAAAGAGAUAGAUAGACGACAGACAGAUAGAUGGAUAGAUAAACAGACAGAUAGAUAGAUAGAUAGACAGACAGACAGUUUGGUUAUUUUGGCUUUAAAUGUCAUAUUCACUUUGAAUUUCCAACAAUUUUUACUUUAUAACAUAGUAUUGAAAUGUGAACAGAAAAGACAGAUUGAUACACAGAACAAACGUUCACCAUAACUCACAACUUAGUGAAUACAUCCCAUUUAUGAUCAUGGGAUGAAUGGAAAGAUAGAUAGACGGAUGCCCUCUAUACCUUUUGUAUUUGUCUGUGUAUAUUGCACAUCCUCCCCUAAUUGUACAGUGUUGUGGAAUAUAUUGGCGCUUAAUAAAUAUCUGUAAAUAAUUGAUAAAUAUAUGGACGGACAGACAGACACAUAGAGACUUGUUGCUGACUUGGGAAAGUAACCAGAAACCAUUCCAUUUAGGUACCUGGUUUGUUGAGUGCUAUUAAGCUGAUAGGGACACUCUCAUUGCUGUUUCAUAUUUACACACACAGCAGAGUAUCUGCUGUAUAGAAAGAAGGAAAUGUUGGGGAAGUCCUGAAGAUAGUCGGUAAACCGUGUAUAUAAAGCAAUUCCAGGCAGCACAAUGUACUCCAGCUGUUCCUCUCAUCCUCUGCUCAAACACUAACACUGCUGAGUGCCCUCCACAGAGCAUCAUGGCCAGAAUCCAUCUACUCAGCAGCCAAGGACUGUGUGAGUUACCUGCACUCUGUAUCCAUCUAAAUAGACAUCUCUCCUGCAGAGCAUAUUGUAGAAUAGAAUUCUGACUUUAAUUUCAGUUAUGAAAACAAUAUUAGGGAAAAUUAAGUGAAAGGGAAAUUGUCAAACAGCUAUUUAUAUUUCUUAAACAAUUCCAAUUUCAGACUAAACUGACAAACAAACUAAGAAGGAAUUAAUAGACUAGGAGCGGGAAAUAGGAACAAUAUUAAUAUCUAAAUUCCUGACCAUUUGUGUAAGAUUAAUGCCAAAUUCAAGUGUUAAAUAGCUGUUAAGUUGUACAAAUGAUUAAUAAUGGAUUAAAAGGCUACAUCUGGCACAAUCAAUGUGCAAUGCGAUUAAAUAUUUCCUUAAUGAUUAUUUCAAAAUGCAUUACUUUGUCCCAGAUUAACUGAAAACUAUUUAUAAUAACUAUUUAUAACAAAUAUGUAAAUCUGUUUUUUUUUUUUGUAGUUGUUGGUUUUGUUUUUUACAUAUAUGACUAGUCCAUGGAUAAACAAUUAUUACGAUCAUCUUGCUACUACGAGAGGGUAAAAUCUUAAAGUAUUAUAAAUAAUUAUAAAAAAUCACAUUUGGUGUCAUUAAUAAUUCCUCUUAUGGUAUUGUGCUGGCUCAUACAUACCAGGGAUAUAACGUUUAAUAUUCUGAAAAUUAUUUUUACAAUUAUCGAUGAAGUUAAAAUUAUAAGACCUUCAUACAUAUAAAUCAAAUUUGUGAAGAUCUAGUAAUCGAAUAUGUAACUAGAAUGUAUAAGGUGUAUGUGUAUAUGUGUGUUUAUAGUAUGUGAUGCUACAUAUGUGCAGAAAGACACACGGGUUUAUUUGCUAAGUGGGAAUUGUUGAAAAUCUAAAGUGGAUUUCAAAUUGGAUUCAAAAUAGCUGAAUUAAGAACAAAUAUCCAGCCAGGUUUGCUUCAAGUUCUGCUAUUUUGGUCUAAAAUGUCAAAAUCACUUUGGAUUACUCACAAUUCUGAUUGAUUGAUUGAGUCAGAUAGAUUGACAGACAGACAGAUCUAUUCUAGUUGGUAUGAGGGGGUCUUUUGGUAAAUAAGAGAAUUAGAGUAGGUUGUGGCAUGGUUUUGUGAUAGAGCCGAAGUAUAUUGAUUUGUAAAAUGUCAAAUGGGAUGUAUUCAAUAAUCUCUAAAUUGUAUUAAAUUGAAAAUAACAUUGCAACAUUGUGGAUAUCAUAACUUACUAUUAUAGUUACAUCUUUUACAAAUCAAUUGUGUUUAAAGGUACACAUGGUAAGUAAUUUAAAAUAGCCAUGGGUGUAGGAAACAGGGUAAUAGGGGAGCAAAUCUCCCUCAGGGGGGGAGAAUGAGACUGAUAUACUCUCCACGGUCAUGAUGGUGUCGCUCUUAAAAUCCCGAUUUACUGUUUAAGAAAUUGAGGAAAACAAAUAUUUUUAAGUGAGUGAACUUUCUUCUCCAGUAGCUGUUACAAAACAAUUACAUUCCAACAAAUAUAUAUAUGUAUAUAUAUGCCCAAAAGAUAUGGCAAUACUUUUACUGACUAUUUUACUUCAUUUAAAACUGCAUAUUUCUUUAUAGUCAAAGUUAAGACCAGAUAGCUUAAAUAGGCUUAAAUCCCAUUCUACCGAUAACCUUCCCAGUGUAUAAUUAUGCCGAUUGAAAACCACAUUAUUUAACAUAUAUUUAUAACGGGAGCAUAUUUGUUAUGAUGAAAGAUUAUCACACCAGAUAAUCUCUACAUACUUGAAUAUUAAGUAGCAGAACGAUCAUUCUUUUACUAAUCCGUGUUUAGUUCAUAAAGUAAUUGUGCAAAAUUGGUUCAAUGAGAUGAGAUGAUACUUUAUAUAAUGUCUGGAGUGUCGAUUUAAAAACAAUCUAUUGAAAAAGCAUUACUGAGCAGUCACUGUGGACUAUUCAAUUUAUACUGAGAAAACUUGAUCUAAAGACACGUGAACACAAUUCUACUGUAAAUUGAAGAGAAAAAGCAUGAGGGGAGAUGUAUUCUAGAACAUCUGGAAUGCCAAAAGAUGUCUACCCCUCCUAUAGAUCUUUGUGGUGUAUAGAUAUUUUGUUGUAGUUGUAUGCAUACUGUAACAGAGCUCCCUGUACCCCUGGCUGGGUACCUCCGCCAAGGACCGCUUCCUAGCUGGAACAGGGGACAAACCCCAGCACUUCUGCCCACAGCCGCCGUGGCUUGACUGGGGCCCUGGAACCGCUCCUUCCUGGAGCCAAAUGGGGAAUUCACUCAAGACACCCCCAGGCACUGGACGACACUCAGUCUUGGGAGCUCUAGUCCUUACUCUAGUAGAAAACCUAAUUCUCGAAAUAUUGAAAUAAAGCAUCUAAAAUGAUUUGCAGCAUUUGCACUAUGCACAUUUUCUUUGAAAGAAACAGAAACCCAAUAUUAACUACAACCCUAUUAAUAAUGUAUAGUAGUAAAAAAAAUAUUUUUUUAUCCAAAUCCAUUUUAUACAAGUUAAAAAAUAGUUUUGAGCAUUUCACGUUUUGUCCAUGUGGAAUUUCAGUCCAACAAGUCAGACAAAGUACCUCCAUACAAUCAGGAAAAAUGAUUAUGUACAUAUUUUGCAGUACACUUUUAGGUACAUUUUCUUGCCAUUUGGCUUACAGAUCAAAUGAAAGAGAAGUAACCAACAGAGGGUAAAAAGAGGAGGAGCAGUAAAAUCGAUCAAAUAUAUCAUAUGUAAACAUAUCAUUUUACUGCUCUGUUGGCCAUUUCUCACUGUGAAUAAAAUCAACAUUUAGUGGCUGUCCUAUAACCAUUAAUCAUCUUUUUUUUCAUCAAAUGUCUUUUCUUUGGGAGCCAUGGAUGCCUUGAAUUACAAAACAAGUGAAACAGCAUGAGAUUUGGUUAGAUGGCGAUUCAGAGUUACGGAAUAUAGAUGAAUUACCAAUUGCCCAAAGUUUGGACAUAUCGCAAUUUGUUUGAAACUUAAUGCACAAUAUAAUCAUUAACCUGUAUACUUUAUAUAAUGCUCAGUAGUUAAUAGAGGUAGAUUUAUCAAAGCAAAUUCUGUGACUACAUGAGGGCCAAUAACUGUAGCGUCUGCAAAUAUUUUGUUCCCAGGAUAGUUCCUGCUAAGCUUUGACAAAUCUUCCCCGUAGUGUUAUAUAUUUCCGAAAAAAUAAACUAUAUGUCCCCUGUAUUCUUUAUAUUCAAGUAAUAAACACAAAUGAAAAAAUACUUUUCACUUCCACAAAAGUCCCCGAAUGAGUUUCUGGAUGUUCCUAAAUCUAAAUGAGUUUCAGCUAAAUAAUUCAUCUUCACAUUGAAAUAACUUUUUGCUUUUUCUUUCCAGGUACCUGGUUUAUCCUGAUGUUAAUGUUGGUUUCUCAGCCCAAAUUUGGAGAAAGUAAGCCAACAGCACGUACUCUAAAAUCUCCUGACUUUGCCAAAUGCCAUAAUAUAUCCAGAAAUUUGAUUAGCGUGGUUUCCAAAACUCUUCUCCAGGUAAAGAUAAAUUAUCACAUUUUCCAAAUGUGGCUCAAGUGAUUGACAUCUGUAACAAUUUUCACAAUAACUAUAUUUGCUAACAUUGUAUAUUUUUUUGUUAUAGAGAUAAAGUUAAAGAAAUUUAGAUUAAAAAACAACAACUUUAAUUUAUCACACAAAUAUUUUUUAUAUCAGUAAAGGUAUUUUAUAAUUUUAGAGGAACCCAGAGGAUGGCAGGCAAUCUUUCUAAAUAUAGUUUACAAACUAACGGGAGCUCGAGCCACCAUUAUGUACAAUAUUUGGGUUAAUUAUACAUCCCAGUGUGGGGUAUUACUCUGGUUUAAUGGUUUUAAUGCCAUGGUUUAAUUGCUCUGAAUUUUGUGUCAGUGUGAUUUGUAGAACACAUUAGGAUUUAGGUUGAUCCUAAAAUAUUGUAUACUCCAGGCACCAAAACAACUUAAUUUAAAAUAUGGUGCCAGGAGGUCCCUGGAGACACUCUUACUUCAAGGGGCUAAACCAUUCUCGAGUGGUUUAACCACAAAGCUGCCUCCAGCAGCACACUCCCCGUAGGUGGCAUCCGGCUUCUGAAUUUUCAGGUUCAGGAAGAGCAGAGUGCCACUAAAAGUCAGUUUAAUGAAUGUGGAGUCAUUGAUCGGCUGAGAGUGUCAGCUGACCACUCUCAGCCAAUCAGCAGCGUCCCUGCUGUCACUUCAUGAACCUGAAAAUUUAGAAACUGGAUGAUGCGUGGGGGGGGGAGUAGUGUUAGCCGCUUUAGGCAACUUUGGGGUUAAACUGUUCCAGAACAGUUUAACCCCCUGAAAUUUAGGUGCCUACUGGCACAAUAACAACGUAAUAUUGAUAAAGCUGUUCUGGUGCAUGUAGUGUCCCUUUUAAGUCAAUAUAUAUGGGAGAGGCAAUAACAUAUACCCUUGAGCUGAAGCUCUGGUCUUUUUGACACCUAGAAACCCACCUCACGCACAGGCGGCAACCAUUGCUCAAUAAGCUGCAAUAUUUAAACUGCAGUUUAAAAUAGGUUGACAAGAUAGGUUAAUUUAAUUACCAAUAAUAUCAUCUUUAUGGUGUAUUCCAAGACAUAGUUCCUCAUCUACUAUUAUCUUCUUGCUACAGUUUAUUCUAAAUAAAAAUAUUCAAAAUAAUCAGGCUGACUGGAAGAAGUCACAUGAUUGAUGAUACAUUUAAUGUUCUAAUCAGAUGUUUAAUGUAACAGGAAAUAUAGCAUUGCAUAUUCUUCUAAAUACCAACAUUUAUACACUUUUAAACUCUCCCUCUACUGAUGGUAAGCAAAAUAAUGUAAGAUGUAGAAAGGUGAAAUAUAGAGGAGGAUUAAAAUAAACUCCAAUAGUCUGUUAACUAAACGGUGAGUUGUAAAAAGUAGUGACUUUUCCUCUUCUCCUCCAACCUAGUAAAAAGCAUUGUAGAGUUGACUUAAUUGAGGAUCGAGCCAUAGGUAGAUGUUUAUAACAACCUGACACUUCCUGGUAUUUGUGAUGCCAUCUUCCCAUGAUUCCCUUGGGCACUCCUUCCAUGGUGUUAUGGGUCCUGCUGAUUUAUCAACUCACAAACCAUAAAUAAAAGUUAUUGGGUUGUGCAUAUGUCUGUUAACUGACAGCUCCCAAAUUAACCACUUUAAUAAUACAUGGUUAUGUUUACUACGUGCACACAGUAUUACUAUUAUUUUAUCCAAAACAAAUAAUACUGACUUUAUGUGCUUAAUUCAGGUAUUUUUCAAACACUUUAUCCAAGAUAAAGAGAUCGAACAUGUUAUUUUACCGGACAUCAUUCAGAGCUUAAUAUUUUGUCACACUCUGUGCUAACGAAGCUCAGGUUCCUACCUCCAAAAUGGAAAAUUCUACCACAAAUGUAGUAAAAUCCAAGCAAAAAGACAUUAAUGUUGACCUACAAAACACACCACAAGGGAAUUUUACGCUCUUGUCCUAGUGAAAACAUCAGAAUACUUCCACAUUUUUCCUGUAAUUAAGUUAUUUUUUUCUGCUUUUGUUACUGUUUCACCCAUUUACUCACAUCAAAAGUAACAGAAAAAUUACCCUGACCAGUUCACCUAUAACCCAUAAAGUCAAAAGUACACAAUUUACACAAAAUACAUAGUUGACAAAGACUAAAAGCUAAGAUUAUAUUUCAAGAACGUGGGCUAUAACACAGGCAAUACUGAAGACAAAUGUAAAUAUAAAGGUGGUCUUGGUGUUGAAGAUCAUGACAUUUUGUGAGAAACAGCACUGUUUCACUACAGUGGCUGUCAAUCAGAUGGCCACUAAAGUUUUAGGACUAAAAUAGAUUUGAUAUUUGAAUUUAUAUCCUAUCUGCCGUCAGCAUGCAAAAUAUGUGCAUGAAUGUGUUUGCGUGUGUUCCAUGUAAACUACAACAUGAGUUCACUGACCUCAUGCAGGUUAUUUUAAUGUCCAGUUGGUAUGAUAUUUUUAGUAGCCUGAGGAAAUAAGUAGGAACUUUCAGCGCUCUGAAAAGGACAGUUCCUCAAUACCUCACUCCAUUAAAUGGUUUUAAAAGUAGUUCCCUCCAUAGUGCCGUAUGUUUGCGCCCUCACAGCACAUGAACAGCAAAAUGGAUUUAAAAAGAAAAAUCACCACUGACCACUAGCCAUUGGCAAGUAAAACUUUACCACUGGCAAGUAGACAUUCAACCUUGGUGACUGCGCCAUAGAUUCUUCAGGUUUGCAGCGGUGAAUAAGGCAUGACUAGUGGCAAAGUACUUGGUAUUUUAAACCCUGCUUUACAGGCAGUCAUCUUUAAUUUGCAGCCAUACUGGUACCAGUGGUUGUAAUCACAUACUAGCACUGGAGUCACACCUUCACACAUUAAGUAUUUCCUUCCAUGCUAGCCAGUCAGGACAGAGAUCACUUUAGGUCCUCCAACGCCAUUUUUCCUCUGAGACCUCUGCUAAAGAAAUUCAUGUUCACUUUUAUUUUUAAAACCCAGUUCAGUUUUAUAUUAUGAAGUGUCUUUUGAAAGAUCUAAAGGUAAAAAAAAGGUAAAUGUUUUUUUCUGGUAAUCUUCAUCAAUGUUUUCAUCCUCUCUAAUUUUAUAAAUAUGUUUUUUCAAACAGAAAAAAUUUGAGGAUCUAAAUUGCACUUAUAAAGACGUUUCAGCUUAUGAUAUCACAAGAGGCCAGCCUAACACUUUGACUGAGUGUCUGCACAGUACUCAGAACAAGGUAUGUCUUUGCAUUAAGUCCCGAAUAACAGGUAAGGGAGGGAACAUCUUAGGUUUGCUUACCCUCACAGCAUCCAUGAAAUAGCUCACAGCAUCCAGCUCUUAACCAUUCACCCCCCACAUUUACAAUUGUUGUUAAAGUGCCAGAAUGUGUAUCGUAGGCUAUUUUAUCAACAUUUAUUACCCUCCUGGAGCUAUCCCUUCUGUUCACUACAUCUAGACAUUUGUGUGUAGCAUUGACAUUGGAAUGCAGGGGUGUAUUUGUGUGUAGUGUAGUACACACAAUGACACACAUUCAGAUACACUGACACCCCUAUUGCAAGGGUGGCCAAAAUGUAGAUCCCUAUUUAUUGUGCAGCUCCAACAAUGUUUUGACAGCUGGAGCUCUACACCUUUCCCAUACAUACUGAGUUGAAUGUAACACUGAACAGUGUUUGUGUGUUUAAAUGUAAGCAUGUUUUUCUAUGGAGUAUGUUUGUGUGAAUAAAGGGGUGUGUUCGUAUGUGUUGUUGAUGUUUGAAUACAGUGUUGGCAUUUAAACGCAAACAUGAAUUUAUGUGUUGUGCUGGUUUUUGAAUGCAGAGGGGUGUUUAUAUAUAAUUUUGGUGUUUAAUACAGGUGUGUUUGAAUGCAGGGGUGUAUUUGUUUGUGGUGUUGGCAUUUGAAUGCUGAGAUGUCACACACACACACAGAUAUACAAGCACACUGAAACACAUGCAGAUACACAGAUAUACACACAGAUACACAUGCAGAUACACAGACAUAUAUACACACUCUGACACACAUGCAGAUGCACAAAACCUGACACACAUGCAGAUACACAGACACACAGAUGCACACACUGACACACAUGCAGAUACUCAGACACAAAUAUAAACACACUGACACACAUGCAGAUUCACAGAUACAGUGACUACAUACAGAUACAUAUACACAUAUACUGUUAGAUAUACUGACACACACACAGAUACAUACACUCACAGCCAUAUUCACUGACAGACAUACUGACACACACACAGACACAUACACUGACAGAUAUACUAACACACAGACAUAUACACUGAGACACACGCAGAGACACACACACUGACAGACAUACUGACACUGAUACAUAUACUGAUAGACAUACUGACAUACACACACACAUGCAAAAUUUACAUUUGUACCCGGCCUUCAGUUUCCUACCUUUUGCUGGAGGGUGCUUCCCUGGGGUUUAGUGUGGUGCCUGAGGCUUUUGGGAGUUUUGGUCGGCUUCUCCAGCCCCCUCGUCACCGCGCCCUCCUCCGUCCCGCACGGCAAUGUGUUUUCUCUGGAUGGAAGUCACUUCCUCCCAGCGCUGCCCAAAAGCAAGGGAGCCUGGUCGCACUGCUAAAGGGCUACAGAGCCCAAACAUGCCCCUGCUCAUACAAGGUCUUUAGUGUGUUUGGGCCCCGGGUUGCACCGGUGGGCCCGUGGGGGAUAAAUACAGAUUAGUGAAAGCAGCGGGUCCCACGGGGCAGCUGCCUUGGGCCCCCAGGAGUAACUGGGCCUUAGGCAGCUGCCCUGGUUGCCCCGCGUUAAAGACAGCCCUGCAGCCAGCUGCAAUAUUUCAGAAAGGCUGCCUGCCAGCUUUCAGAUGUUCCUGCAAGGAGAAUCUGGUUACUUCCACUGAGAUACGCAGCAGCUGCUGUAUCAGGCUGUGCUGAGUUCAGGGGAGGUACGAAGAUACUCCAUCUUUUAAAGGUUUAACAGAGUACACUCGCAAGGCGCCAGCACACUCCUGGCACUAUAACCACGAUAGAAGGGUGUAGUGACCAUGGUGCUUUGAGUGCUCCUUUAACUGUAUCUUUUUGAUAUAUUAAAAGAUUAAUAUAUCACAAUUGCCCGAUUUAGCAAUACUAUAUUUGUAGCUAGAAUGAAGGAUCAUGCUAAUCAUGAUGUCAUUAUUAUUACUAAACUGACAGAGAGAGAUCCCGCCAUGUGCUAGAUCAUCAAGGACUCAUAGCAUUGAGCACCUUUGCUAAUGGAAGUGACACUUGCCAAACUCAUUUUCUAUUUUCUAGUAAAGAAUAAAUAUAUGAUCACCUGGUGUUACCACAUGUCCCACAUUGUCAGUGAGCACAUAUAAACUAUGCUGCAGAGGUAUCCUAUAAUAAACACAUUGCUGUGCAAUGGAUGCAAUUUUCUUCAGAAUUCUAUUUCACAGUAAUUGUUACCCUUGGUAAAUGAGCCCUGUGUAAAUUCAGGCAGUGUUUACAUUAUGAGAUCACCAAGGGGGGAGCUGGGAAUUAUGUUCUCUAUAAUACCGUAACUAACUCUUCCUAGAACUACAGGUAAGGAUCUUCUGACCACAAUCUAUCUAAAAUGAGUAAAUCUGUUCAGGGAAGUAAACUGAAUUGCUAUUUUGAAUCACUUGUGAGAAUAAUGAGAUUGCCCUUAAAAUCAAGUUUACUUAACACUUUUUCUUGCCAUAAGUAGGAUAAGCAUGUUUCUGUUAUAUUUUAACUAGGCCGGACAGAAAAAAAUCACACUAUGCAACAUUUAUUCUAGAAAUGAAGUAUGAAAUGCAAAUUUCAUGUAAGCAGUAAAGCUACAAGUGCGCUGGACUGUUGGCUGACUGAGCAUUAUAGGAUUUACAGCCUAGGACCAUUGAUUUGUUAGAAAAAAAUAAUCUGUUAAUUGUUUCUGUUCUCUUGUUUCAGAAUUCUACAUGUCGUGAAAUAAAUAGAUCAGCCCUUGAUGAGGUGGGUCUGCAAAAUAACCAUAGCACAUUAUACCAUGUAUUGUAGAGCAUAAAAUAAAUAUUGAUGAUGCCUAGAUUACUCCAACCAAAAAAAUAUUCUUACCACAAAACACUGUUUUUGGUUAGAGUGACCCUUGCUGUGCUGCUCUGUCUCCCAAAAUAAUAAAAAAUAAAAGAUUAAAACUCACCUCCGUUCCAGCACCAAUGUUUUUUUAAGUGCAUGAUCCUCCUCCGAUAGUGUCACUCUACCUCACAGGAGGGAUGUUUUAGGAAGUACAGACUGGGGGGAGGAUGGGCAUCAUAGAUGGGGCCAUGCUGGCACUGGACUUCUGACGCAGGCAUGCUUGUUCAUAAUGCACAGAAUUAACAUAAGCCACCCGGGAUUCUUGUUACGGGCUGGCUAAUGAUGAUUCAAUGACGCUGCCCUGGGUGGAGCCAUAAUCUGUAUGGGUAGCGUUUCAUAGAAAAAUGCUACAAGUAUGGAUUCCAGGCACUAAGACCACUUCAAAUCACUUUAGUGGUCAUUCAGAGUAACCCUUUAACCAAAUGUGAAUAUCACGAGAAAUGUAAUUAAUAAAUGUCGUGUAUAGACUGCUGUGACUUCAUUACAAACAAUGUUUGAUAUAUACAGCGUGUUUUGAUGGAGUCUGACAGGAACUUUUAUAUAUAUAUAUUUCAAAUUUCUUGUUUUUAAACCAAUAUUCUCUGUAAUGCACAGGUUGAGUGUCAUCCUACAGUGUAAUCUCAUACCCACCAUGUGUCUGCCUGAGAUUAGUAGGGCUAAUCCUCACCUACCAUUUCUAAUCAGUCUUCUAUGCUACUGAAAUGUGUGUCAUGUCUCUUCAGCUAUUCUAUAACAUAAAAUGACCGAUGCUGUCUAAACGUUGCCCUGUGUUUAAGAAACCCUGUCCCUAAAUUUUCACCUCAUCCUAUCCUUUAAUAAUAACCUAAAAUCCACAGCAGUGAAGUGUGUAUUAAGAUAAAUAAUGCUAUCAUAUGGAUCUGGAGACCAACCCAGUCAAUUAUACAUGUAGCUUUUUCUUGAAUAACAAAAGAGGUUGGGAAGCUUAUAGUUUAAACCCCAUCAGAAACGAUGAUAAAACAGGCAGUUGUGACGGCUCUUAAGUUGUCAAGAAAUGCAGUUGAAAUUUAGAGUGGAAGGGGGACAGGUAUCGCUUCUGCAAAGUACUGUCUGAAAUCGUGUGAGAAUGUGAGAAACGUGACAUAGUAAUUGUAAAUUGAGGAAAGAAUAACCUGUGAAUCUUUAAAAGCCACCAACAGUUUUAACAAUCUACAUGAAUGUAAAGAGAAACAGUGAGACAUUACCAGGAGGCCAGAAUUAUGGACACUUAUACAUACCUAGAAUCUGCCCUGGAGUUAUUAUUUCUAAUUACAUUUUGGUUCUUUACUUUGCAGAAGGCCUGUCUAAGUGCAAUCAACUCGGACUUGAGAGCAUUUAACAACGAAUUACAGGGUUUAAAUCCCUCCAUAAAUGAACACAUCAAGGAUCUCAUGAAGGUAAGUGACAAAUGUGCUUUCAUGAUGGGACUCACCUUUAUUCCAAAAUCAAUUAGGCCAAAUGUUCACUUGUAAGCAAUAUACUAGUUGGUCGUCUAUUGAUUGUGUGAGUGGAUAUAUCUAGAUCACAAAGUAAGUUGUUAUUUUCUUUAUUUACAAGGAAGGCUGCAAAUUCCUUGUAAUAUGCUAUGGUUGAGAAUCAAUAGUACCUUGUGUGGUUGAACAUUGCACUAUGAAGAGCUUCAACCUCUACUUGUUUUUAACAUAGUAUAAGGAUGCAAAGAGAUGAAGGGCUAUGGACUUUGACGUCCACAAAUGGUACAUCUGAAAAAUACUAAUUAAUUGAAUUCACUACUAGCUGAGACAUCUGUUUAUAAUUAUAGUACAAAUCUUUAUAAGUGGACCAGUCACCAUGGAAUCCAUAAAAUAUUUCUGUUGUUUGUCUAAUUUUAAGAAGUUUAUUCCUAAACUGGGAUUAAAAUACCUAUUGUUUUAGUUAUUUUAUAUAUCUAAACACACACUGCAUCACCUAUAUACACACAAACACACUGUAGCCUGUAUGCACACACUUGCUAUAUCCCCAAUACACACAUUCUCUACAGCCCCUAGCCACAUAUGCAUCACAUUACACCACAUUACACCACAAACACAACAUGACUAAAACCGACCUUAUUACACAAUACCACACCACGACCAGCUCACUCUGCACACACGCAAUACCACAAGCAGGCUCCAAACACAUGCACAAUACUCUUUCCUGGCAUUUUUGUCUCCUGGUAUCCAUUUAUAGAGACACCAGAGACAAGUUGCAAGGAAACAGUGCAAGCAUGUUAUUAAAUUUGCGUGCACUGUGCAGAACAAAUACAGGGCUUUUUUCUCAUGCUAGAGCUCUUCAGCAGAGCUCUGCACAUGGUCUGCCCUGGAAGAACAUUGAACCAACAUGCUCACUUUGAGAGGGGGCGUGUUUGUCAUUGGUGAUGACAAAACACACCUCCUCUGCCCCGCCCCCUUCUUAGUGGGCUGCUGUGUUAAAAAAAUGCCCAGGCCGAAUUUUUCUCCCAGUCCGGCCCUGGUAUUGAGUGUAUGACUAAUGUAACAACUGUCAGGACACAUGACUGCUGACCCAACCAGUCCCCCAACCAAUAAACCCGUUGCCCCCCAAAUAAUACACGUGAUACUUUCUUCUUGUUGAUAAGGGCAACGGCCACAGCUUUAUUUAACAUAAUAAUUUUUAACUUAGUCCAACUCUGCCAGCUGUUGGGUGUUUCCCAACAGGCAGUUCUCCCAACUUCUAUACCAUGAGCCUCGACAGCCGGCUCCUCGCCAUCAGCUCCGUGCAGGCUGUCGUCUCCCCAAAGCUCCUUUUUUCUUCUGCGCUGUCCAGGGAAACCCGCCAAGCUGUGACAACACAAAACAAGAAAACAAGACACAAGCCACAACACCAGAAACAGGGUGGGAGGGUGGGAAAACAGCCAAGAUCCCUCAAUGAACCUGCUGACUGGUAAGUCCCCUCCCUCUCCCUUUCCUUAAGAACCACAAAUGUAUCCAUUUUAACCCAGCCCCCAAUCUUGGGCAGCAGUCAUGCUCCCCCUUCCUUAUUCUUCCAGGGGGAAACUUGACUGCUGACCCAACCAGUCCCCCAACCAAUAAACCCGUUGCCCCCCAAAUAAUACACGUGACACUUUCUUCUUGUGGAUAAGGGCAACGGCCACAGCUUUAUUUAACAUAAUAAUUUUUAACUUAGUCCAACUCUGCCAGCUGUUGGGUGUUUCCCAACAGGCAGUUCUCCCAACUUCUAUACCAUGAGCCUCGACAGCCGGCUCCUCGCCAUCAGCUCUGUGCAGGCUGUCGUCUCCCCAAAGCUCCUUUUUUCUUCUGCGCUGUCCAGGGAAACCCGCCACCGCGAUGCCCUCCUCGCGCACUACGCUGCGCGGGCAUCGCGCCCCCCCGCCGACAGCGCCGCCUCAAUUCCUGCUUGUAAUCCCAUAUUGAAAAUAUCUAACCCAAUGGGGGACAAAUGAACACCAUCCCGUCUCAUGACAUCAUCAUUAACCCCUUCCAACUCAAAGUGCCUCACAACUACACCCCCCAGUUGGCGUACAAACCGAGACAUGGUCAUGUUAACCUUACGCCUAUAGCGCUCCAAAGCCUUACCAUGACCCCCGGACCGCCACACCGGGCGCGGAACGAUCUCGGACCAGACGAGGGUCAGGUCCCGGAACAACGCAAAACAGCGGGCCACGUCAUGCCGCAUUGCACGAACUAGGUCCACCGACCGUCGCCGUCCGACAUCGUUCCCGCCCACGUGAAGUACCAAGGUCACCGGCCCUGACACACAGCACCGGAGCUGUACCAGCUCGGUGUACAACCCAUCCCAGGACAAUCCCCGAAUCCCCCUCCAACGUACCCGUGCUACCUUGUACGAUAAACCGAGGUUACGGCCAUAGGGUCUAGCCUCCGCACGCCUAGCAGCCCAAUAAACAAAUGAGUGUCCCACGAUCCAGACAAAUCGAGGAGCAGGACCUAUAAUGAAAAUAACAGACAACCAUCACCGUAACGAUGCUAGCCUACAGCAAAUGGGGGCGCACGUAGAGCUGGUACCGGCCCGACUGCCAGCGCCCCAAACGCUUGAGCGCCUCCGUGGGAAGGCCCAGCUGACUAGCCUGCGUGGCAGCUCCGAUUCGAAACGAGUGCGUGGUGUACAAACCCGGAGACAACCCAAGACUAACCACCCCUGCCCGGAGAACCCUGGCGAACUGAAACCGGCUGAGCGCUGACCCAUCCCGAUGCCGCAACAGGGAUCCUGCCUCCGAUCCUCGCACCGCCAAGAAAUCCCGCAGCAACUUAACCGGGCAAAACUGCUCACCAGUAGCCAUAAUCCGAACCGAUGCGCCCACACCUACCUGAUCUGUCUUAGAUUUACGAAUGAUCAACUCCAUGUCACCCGUCGAGACCGUGACAUCAGCAAGUUGCACGGCAGCUGGCCCCCGCGUACUCGGAGCCACCAGCUCGCCUAUCCGAAGAGCCGCAAAAAAGCAGACAGCAAACGCGGCCCGGAACAGGAGAACCUCGUAGCCCGAAACACAAAUCUGGGGCAGACGCUCCAGGAGUCUGCACAAGAUCUCAUAGGAGAUGGGACGCCGAGCGUCCCGCCUACGACCCUUCUUCCAGCCCUUCAUGAUCCGCGAAAUGCAGAAUGACUUGGUCGCAUCCUGCCACCCACACCACUGGAACAGAAAAGACAGGGCCGCUAACGCCCUCUCUGCUGCCGCUACCGACUUACCCUUCUCGCAGAGUGACUCCAAAAAGGCCAGAGUCGCUCCCAACCUACCUUCGUCCGUAGACGCCUCCCUGUCCUUGCAGACACCCGUCCACUGCCGCCAGACCGCAGAAUACGACUUCCACGUCGACUCCGCCAGCGACUCUCUCGCCAACCGGCUCAAAUGGUGGAAACCAGGUCCCAUAUAUCCUCCGGGCACGAGGUGCCAGCCUGCUCCGCCUCUGGAGCCGCCGCUCGAAACCUGUCCCACUGAAACCGAGAGAGAGAGUUGGCUAUAACGUUCCGCUCCCCAGGCACAUGGCGCGCAACCAACCACAAAUUAUGUGCUAAGCUAAGCAGGACCAGGCGCCGGAGGAGCGUCAACACCGGAGGCGACGCAGACGUAGAUCGGUUGAUCACAUGGACCACACUCAUGUUGUCCGUGUGCACCACUACCUUCCGAUUCGACAGCUCCACACCCCAGAGCUCCACAGCAACCACAAUGGGAAAGAGCUCCAGAAACGUCAAGUUACUCACCAAUUCCGUCUCUCGCCAGUGUCGGGGCCAGGCCUCCGCGCACCACCGCCCCUGAAAGUAGGCACCAAAACCCACGGACCCAGACGCGUCCGUGUAUAAUUCUAAAUCCGUAUUGGACACUGCCGGGCGCAGCCAGCAGGAUUGCCCGUUGUACAUACCCAGAAACGAACUCCAAACUUGCAGAUCCUCUCGAUGCCGGUGAUUGAUUCGAAUGAAGUGAAAUGGCUGCCUGACUCCGACCGUUGCCAAGGACAAACGACGGCAAAAAGCCCUGCCCAUCGGCAAUACCCGACAGGCAAAGUUCAGAUGCCCUAACAGGGCCUGCAACUGCCGAAGCUGCACUUUUUUGGCCCCUUUUGCCGAAUCCACCAGCCGCAGCAGGUGAGUCAGCUUGUCGUCCGGCAAGCGUAAAACCAUGCUCCACGUGUCCACUUCAAUCCCUAAGUAGGACAGGACUCCCACCGGACCCACCGUCUUCUCGGCUGCUAUCGGCACGCCAAAAUCCGCAGCGACGGCCCGAAAGGAAUCCAAGAGCCCCACGCAGUCAUCCAACUCCCGCGGGCGACUAAUGUAACAACUGUCAGGACACAGGACCUAGGAAAGCAUUAUCAAGUCAACCUGUGUCCUAAUGAAAUUUUAAACAGCACUCCAACUUUUAAACAGACAAACGACCAUAUUUGUCUACAAAUACAAAUUAAUCAUUUGUAAAAAAUCAUCUUAAUCUUGAAUCAUUUUAUCUGAGGAGUAUAAAGGAGCAGUUUGGUAUAUUACAGUUUAAUAUAAUAUAUUUAGCAGUUUGAUAUAUAAUUUAUUUUUUUAAAUUGUGGGUUUUUUUGCUUGAUUUUAAGGUUAUUCCCCUCUCCCUACUUCUUACCUCUGGUUAUGGAGGGGAAACACUACAUUCCCUGGUGGGCCAGUGUUAGUAUUGAGGGUCCAGCUUGCACCUACGCCACGGAGCACUCUCCAUUGGGGGGCCAGGCAUGAGGGGACUAUAGGAGAGGCCCUUCUAGCAACUGAGCAGCAUUGGCUGCCCAGUCACAAAUUUUUGGAAGUUUAGCAGAUUUGCCCCAUCUGGGUAGGGGCAUAGGGAACUUUAUACCCUCCUUUAUUGAAAUAGUCUUUUUGAAUUCUCUUGAAUUCACUUCUUUAUUUAUUUUACUUAAAUGUGGUGGCAAGCUAGCAAGGGGGUUAGCCCUGUUGAGAAUUUCUAACCAUUUAAUGGUACCAGCCAGCGACCAAAUAGUUAUAAUCCUGGCCCAGAUUUGAAGCAUCUGUGCCCAGAUUUGAGGCUUGGACCUAAUUCAGGCUCAUUUGAAGCCUGGUAUGCAAAAUCUAGAAAUUGUUAAAUAGUGUGAACAAUGUCCGGCUUUUGCAGUCGGAAUGGCCCUGUUCCAGCCAAAUGGUUUUUCCCAGUUCAGUAAGAGCCAUUCAGAUAGUAGUGAAUAACUCUGUAUGAGACAGCUGUCUAAUUUAUUUCUAGAAUGGAACUGCACAAGUGACAAUUUAGGUUUAUUUUAAAAAAAUAAUAUAUAUUUUUUUACUUUGUCAGGCCUUAAAUGUCCAAGAAAAUGAAGAGAAGGAAGUGACAAAGUAUCCAUGCCAAGAAUCCGAAUGUGUACACGAUAUGUGUAGCUACCUGCUGGCUUUCAAUCUACGGACAGUCACAAUCUCCAGAGUCCUAAACUUCAUAAAAGAUGAACCAAAACAUCAUAACAUGAAGAAAUUGUAA